UAGUAUGAAAUAGGACAUUUCAUCGCUCGUUGUUCAAGAGACGUGCUUCCUUAUUUUUUUGGCUGAUAGGCUUUCGUUUCAUCCGCGGUCGCGGUCUUUGUUAUUAAUUCUUCAUCUUCAUUUACUCUUUCCCUCUCCCUUGCCUAUUAUAAUCGCCUACCAAUCCUCUACUUCAACCCACUUUGAGGCAAUCAUUUUAUCCUAUCAUGGCCGACACAAACGGUGUCACGAAAUCGGAUGAAAGUCUGAGCCGACUGCAAGAGAAGAAUGAUGAGGCACCGCCACAAUACAGUGUGAGAAACAGCCAACCGCCGUCUAGUCAACUCUUAAGUGAACCCGCCAAUGGGUUGAAUUCAGCCUUCGAGUCUCUUAAGCUUUCAUCUAAAAUCGAAGAGGUAACUCCAGACACUUGUUUGGCACAUCUCAAGUUGCUUGCCGCUUUCCAGGCUUUGAAAGAGGACAUCGGUUACACCGACGGUCUGUGGGGAUUGUACGAUAGUCGCGUUCUUUCGGAAAAUGAUAAGAAAGCCAAGGUUAUCGAGAAGAAUCUCAAGCUUGAAGAUGAGACCGGCAAGCGCUUGGCUGCACUGCGAGAGAAACGAUGGGCCCUUUUUGUUGCGAGAGCUGUCGAUCGCUAUGAGGUAUGGUGGAGCAAGCUUUCAAAGAGCCAUUUGACCGAGGCCGACAUGGAGAGGAACACUGGGAGGUAUGACGGGUUUACAACCGAGGGUACACGCCUCCCUUGGGCAGAGAAUAUCCUACCACCGUUGGACGUCUUGAUGGUGUGGCAUGCCCACAUGCUCAACCCUAGAGCCUAUCUCGAAGAUUGUAUUCUGCACUGUCUAGGCGGGCUAUGGACGGCCGGUAUGCCCUGGAAGCUCGUCAACAGAGCUAUCGAUACAAGCUUCAACUACAACGUCUCCAAGGACUGCAAAAAGGCAUGGGAGCACAUCAUAGGCCUUAAGUGGGACAACGUGGACGACCCACUUGUCAAAACCCUCAAGUGUCCAACUUGUUCUAAGAUCCACGAGAUCCCGUGGACCACGUGCGAUCUUCCUGAAGAUUAUGAUGGCCGCGAUCCCGGUCUACUCGGAGAAGGUUAUGGAGAUGGUAAUUUUACCCUUAAGUGUUCGUGCCGCAAGACUAUCACGCGGGAAUUCCUCGAAGUUGCCAAGUUUGUGAAGGAUGUCAAGGACCUUCUCUCCCAUGAUCGGCCUAUGCCUGGCACGAUACUGGAUACCAACACGGGUUUACCGAAGACAAUCCCCAGGUCCAUCACACUCAAAGACCGGUACGAGCGCACAUUUCCAAAUCGGCUGAUCAAGAAGCAUCUGCGCAGCAAGUUGCUACAAUUGAUCGAUCCCGAGACAUUGCCGACGCGGUCGAUGAACAACGUCCGUGUCCUCAUCGAAAACGCUAUCCAAGACGACAAAGUUGUCAAGGAAGUCGAGAACGUCAUCGCAUUUAAGGAUACAUUAAAGAGUUACCGACUCGGGGCAGGUGCUCGAAGACAUACAAGAAAAAUGAUGUCACGAUACUGGGGAAACUCCUCGCUCUUUGCUCUCGAGCUCGGCGGUGCGGUUAUGCGCCAGGGAAUAUUUGUAGAGAAGAUGAACAAGAUUGACUGGCUCCAUAGCCCGGCAGCCCGGGACACGAUGACACGCUUAAUCCAGAAAUACGAGCGUUUCGUGAGGCUCAUGUCGUUUCACCCGCGACAAAUCGUCGUUCCAACUCUAGACGUUGAUUUGGCUUGGCAUACGCACCAGCUCACUCCUUCCGCAUACACUCGAUGGAUGUUAGGGAAGACUCAUCAGCUAAUCGACCACGAUGACAAAAUCGACGAGGACAAGUUAUCUACCGCCUUCGAGUGGACGAGUAAAACGUACCAAGAAACCUUCGGUGAGGUUUACUCGGAAUGUACGUGUUGGUACUGCGAAUCUAUCCGGGUCUCGCACGUUUCGACUAUGGGCAGUAUACUCAAGGUGUCGAAGAACGAGAAAAUCUCCGAAUCCUUCCACGCAUCCGGGCGCGCCUCGCUCUGCCCGCCGGACAACAGCGCGCACAUAUCAGCGCACAACAGCGUGCGCUUCCAGGACGCGGACGAGCGGCGCCACGCGGUCAACCAGCGCAUGCACGCGGCGCACCAGGAGCACUUGGACAAGAACUACGAGCGCGCGCAGAAGCGCGCGAAGAGGAAGGGCCGCGAGCUGCCACCGAGGGACGAGUACUACUACAGCUACUGGGGCUACCCCUACAUGCUGUACGGCCCGUACGUCUACCCCGUCUACUUCACGCCCGCGUGCUACCCGUACGGCGACCCCGGCGCGGCGAUGGCCGGACAGGGGUGCCAGGGCGCGUGCGUGGCGGGCGCGUGCGGGCAGGGGGCCGGCGGGUGCGGGGGGAGUGGGGGGUGUGGUGGGGGUGGGGCUGGUGCUGCUUGCGGCGCAUCGGGCCCGGCUUGCGGCAGCGGACUCGGAGGCGGGUGUGGAGGUGGUGGAGGUGGUGGUUGUGGUGGUGGCGGCGGCGGAGGGUGCGGAGGUGGUGGUGGCGGCUGUUAG